GCGCCAGAGACUUGGGGCUUUUCUAUUGGUUCAAGGGCCAAUGGAGGAGGGGAAGCGAGCGGGAGAGCGGGGCAGCCUUUCCCCUCCCGCUUCAGGAUGCCAGCCAAUCAGCGGUGCGGUCCCUCUCCGGCGGGAAACGGGAAUCUCUCAGCUGAGGGGAAUUGGCGCGAGCUGUGGAAAACACUGCGGUGCUGUGUGGCUCGAGCAGCUGACUUGAGCUGAACUUGGGUGAAUUGAGCCCUGAGUGUAUUGCCAUCAUGCCCAAUACCAGAUCCAAAUCUCAGGCCACCAUUGACUUUCCAAAGAAGAAAGUAGCCAAGACAUCAGACCGAGGAAAAAACCGUGGAGAUAUCAGAUCGUCCACCAAUGUUAAAAUCCUGCCUCUCAGUCCCAGGAAACGGCUAGGAGAUGACAAUCUGUGCAACACUCCCCAUGUGCUCACCUGUUCACCUUCAAAACGGAGUAGGAAAGAAAAUGGUCCUGUUCUUUCACUUACCUCUAAGAAGUGUGGACUCCUUUUUGACAGUCAGCUGGAAAUCAGUUCUAGCAAAAGAGAUCUAGUGGUAGUCCAUCAGGACAAGGAACUCUCUCCAGUUCAGAAGGGUCAAGGGAGAUCAAGGAAUUCCGAGCACAGCUGCCCACCAGAGAAAAAAUUUGUGUGUGUUGGCCUAUUCAAGCAAGAAGGCACUUGUUACCAACAAGCAAAGCUGGUCCUGAAUACAGCUGUCCCAGAUAGGCUGCCUGCCAGGGAGAAGGAGAUGGAUGUCAUCAGGCAUUUCCUAAAGGAACAUAUCUGUGGAAAAAAAGCUGGGAGCCUUUAUGUUUCUGGUGCUCCUGGAACUGGCAAAACAGCAUGCUUAAACCGAAUUCUGCAGGACCUCAAGGAAGAACUAAAAGACAUUAAAAUUGUAAUGCUGAAUUGCAUGUCCUUGAGGACAUCCCAGGCUGUAUUCCCAGCUAUUGCUCAGGAGAUCUGUCAGGAAAGCGUAUCCAAGUCAUCUGGGAAGGACUUGAUGAGGAAAUUGGAAAAGCAUAUGACUUCAGAGAAGGUCCCCAUGAUCUUAUUGGUGUUGGAUGAGAUGGAUCAGUUGGACAGCAAAGGACAGGAUGUGUUGUACACACUAUUUGAAUGGCCUUGGCUGAGAGAUUCCCGACUGGUGUUGAUUGGUAUUGCUAAUUCCCUGGAUCUUACUGAUAGAAUCUUACCUAGACUUCAAGCUAGAGCAAAGUGCAGGCCACAGCUGGUGAACUUCCCACCUUACACAAAAGAGCAGAUAGCCACCAUCUUACAGGACCGACUUAAGCAGGUAUCUAGUGAUCAGGUCCUGGACAAUGCUGCAAUUCAGUUCUGUGCUAGAAAAAUCUCUGCUGUGUCAGGAGAUGCUCGCAAAGCACUAGAUGUUUGCAGGAGAGCUGUUGAAAUUGUAGAGUCAGAUGUCAGAAACCAGACUGUCCUCAAACCACUGUCUGAAUGUAAAUCUGCUAUGUCAUCAUUCCAGUCUCCAGUUCCCAAGCGGGUUGGUCUUAUUCAUAUAUCCCAGGUCAUCUCAGAUACUUACGGCAGCAGAAUAGCCUUGAGCCAAGAAGGAGCUCAGGAUUCCUUUCCUCUCCAACAGAAGAUUCUAGUUUGUUCUCUGUUGCUCUUGACCAGACAGCUGAAAGCCAAAGAGGUCACCCUGGGGAAGUUAUAUGAAGCCUAUAGCAAAGUCUGUCGAAAACAGCAGGUGGCAGCAGUGGACCAGUCAGAGUGCUUGUCACUUUCAGGGCUUUUAGAGACCAGGGGCAUUUUAGGAUUGAAGAAAAGCAAAGAAACCCGACUCACAAAGGUAUCUCUGAAGAUUGAAGAAAGGGAGAUGGAGCAUGCACUGAAGGAUAGGGUCUUAAUUGGCACCAUUUUAACUAAUGGAUUGCCUUAAAUUCUUGUGGUCUUUUACCUUGAGUGUCCCUCCCGAUGGCAUUUUACAGGACCUCACAACUGUGGUGAUAUGUUACUGUAUGCACGCUAUCCUCAGGUCCCAGAAAAAUGACCUGUUUUUACUUGAAUUAGAUGAAUUUAUAUUCAUGGCAUGUGCAGUCAUAACUGUAGAACCAAUAUCUUGAGGUCCUUUUAUUUUGCCUUAUCAAAGUAAAAAAAAAAUGGUGGCUAAGAGAGGUGCCAUCUCCAGCUCUUGUGUGUAUCUUUAUCUCAUGUAUAUUACGAAGUAAAGAUUCAUCAAAUAGCUAAGGGUCUGUAUGAGAACCAUGAAGACUGGUAUAACAAGAACAAUAGAAGUCCAUCCAGAAAACCUACACGUUCCUGUUGAAUUGGAGAAAGCACUGGUCAAAGCCUUCAGUUCUUUUUGAAGUGCUGCUUUGUUCACAUUAUGGAGACUGUCAUUCUUUAUGCCAUUUAAGACCCAUUGAUAUAUUGUUGGGCAGUUCCAAGGUUGUGAGAAAAAUUUUAACUCUAUAUAGGGAUAUAUUUAUUGAGUAGUAUAAUCUUAGUUGUGCAAUUUUUUUUUUUUUUAGUGAGGCAAUUGGGGUUAAGUGACUUGCCCAGGGUCACAGCUAGUAAGUGUUAAG